AUCUGUUUAUCAUUUCCAAUGCUUAUGACAGCAUGCUGUUGUGGUGAGUACAUCCAACUUGCAGUUGCAAGGUGUAAGGUGUGGUCCCUACUCUGUUGGUGUAUUCCAUAUGAUGUUCAAACAAGGUAUCAUACUCAUGACAGCAUGCUGUUGUGGUGAGUACAUGCAGCCUGCAGUUGCAAGCUGUAAGGUUUGGUCCCUACUCUGUUGGUGUAUUCCAAUAUAUCUAAUUUAGAAAUGAUGGUGGCCAGCUCUCUUUGAUCUAAGUUUUCUUGAACUAUGUUUAUCUGUUUUUGAAUAAUAAUUAUAUUUUAUGUCAAUGUACAGUUAAAAAAUGGGAUCAUUCUUUCUUUUUAUACUUUGAUAUUCUUAGUAUCAUAUAUUGUAAGUUUUAUAUAUUUGAGAACUCCCUUAAAGUUGUCACAUGCAAAAAAUCUCUUUGUUGAAUUUCUUGCCUAGUUUUGCCUGUGUCGUGGUUAUUGUUAGUUAAGGAUACUUGAAACACAUCAGCUAUGGCUAUAUAUACACUGCAAUAAUAAAAAAUUACAUAAAAGUUUAAAUUUUUUAAACGCCAGAUAAAUUUCAUCGAAUAGUGCUGUAAGGUCUAGUUCCAAAUUGAAAUGUUAUAAUUUUUUAUGAACAGAAGCAGUCCUGUUUGAUAAACGCUUGCACGUUUAGCCCUAAAGAUAGAGCAGCAAAAAUUGUUUUUUAGUUAUUUGUGAACAAAUUAAAUUUUAUUAGAACUUAGAAAAAGAUGUUGUUGUUUUAUAUUUUUCCGUUUUUAAUCUUUUUAAUAUUAAAAAAUUUUUUAUCUUAAAUUUAAAAUAAACAUAUAUAUGAUAAAUAAAAUGAAAAUCAAAAUGACGGAAAUAACUUUAUAUAUAACCAAUAAAUAAAUAAUAAAUAUUCUUUCAUCGUAUGAAAUGUGAUUCAGAUAAAUUCUGAUUAUGUAUAAGCUGUGACCUUGAAUAACGUUUUAAUGUUUUCAACUUGUUAGAAAUGGUUAUUAACAUUUAACAACGAGUUCCUAUUGUUUGAGUAUUUCAAGUACACUGUAGAGCAUUCUCAUGUAUUUUGUAUUCACACCAUCAGGAAGGGAGUUUGUUAUUAAACUACUUAAUGUUAAAACAAGCAAUUAAAACUUUUCCACAAUGUCCACAGAUUACAGGAAAACUCAUAAUCCACAUUGGAAUCUCCCUGUCCCAGGUAGAUACAAUCACAUACAUCGUAUAGGCAAUGCAGCAAGUGGAUAUGACGAUUUGGAGUAUGUAUGGCUGAUAAAUGAGUCUGAAUAUAAUCAGUUGAGAGGUAGAGAAGAUCGACCAUACGUGGGAAGAAAACAGCAUUUAAAACAUCCUAGCAGUUAUUUUCACUACAACGACUACACUGGUAAUGGAGAAAGAAAGGGAUUGGAUUUGCGCAGAAAAAAAGAAGAGCAGGUUAACUUUAAAACUUUUCAAGCAAGCAAAGUAGAGAAGCAGAAUGUGUCAAGUUCUGGUAAUUCUGUCAAGACAGGCACUGCAGGCGAUAUUCAUGAUAAUGUGAAUUUAAGCAGUAAAUAUAAACACACAGACGAACAGAAUAGUUUGACGGCUAGUGGUUUUAAAAAUGCAUCAAAAACUAAAAAGAAAGCUGCUGCAAAUGCGCAGCAAGAAGCAAGAGUAGAAAAAGAAGAAGAAGUAUUAGUUGGAAAGGAAAAAGAUAAAGCAGAUGGGAAUGCACAGGAUGCAGGCUAUAAGGUAGAAAAAGAAAAGACAACGAAAGAAGAAGGGAGCACUAGAAAUGAAGAAGAAGAUGAAGACGAUUUUUUAGAUGAUGCAUGCAAAAAGAUAACAGAAUGUGUCGCAGACGUGCAUGAGAAAUGCAGACAUUUAUUUGAUAGGAGAAUUUCAAUAUGUGCAGUGCCUAUGAAUAAUCUGUUCUCCAAGAAGAAAGUGAUCAAUCUAGGCGAGUUAUGUAAAGGGAAACCAUCAGAAACCUGGUUGGUUGUUCGCAACUUUGAGCAUGGAACCCGGUUUCUUGAUCAAAAAUCCACAAGUGGCGUGUACUGCGGAACUCUAGAUGGACAGAAGAUUGUUAUGUAAACGACCAACACAUAACCAAACAUCGUGUUGUAUAUGUCCAUGCACAUAAUGAGAAUGUUGUCCCGUUUUGUGACAUAGAUGCCACCUUUUGCACCAAUUCGCUGCAGUAGAAUCACGCAUUAACGAAUAAAAUGUUCAAUUAAUCUCAAUAUGGAUUAUAACACUGAAAACUACGAAGAUUUCAGCUGUAUGGAGUAAAUAACACAAAUAUAUGAUAUUGUGUCUUGUAUAACGUGGAAGUUUUCCACAAACUUUUUUGACCGUAAAACUAGUGGUUGCACAAAACAAAAAAAGAAGUGAUUAUUUGUAAAAACAACAUUUAAAUAAACACAGAGCCAAUGAA